AUGUUCAAAAAAGGGUAUGCAGCACAGGGGCAGAACCUGUUGUCCAAGAAGGAUCUGAAAGCUCUGAAAGGCCAGCUGGUCGAGCUCUUCCCGAGCCUCGAUGAGAAGAUGCUGGAUGAGAUCCUGCCUGAGGGUCAAGCCAAGGUCUCAAAGCUGGACAACCGCUGCCUGCUGUACUCCUGCGGCGACUCGCCUCCUGCCUUCUUUGAUGCGGAGGGUCGAGGGGAGUUCUACCCAACCCUGCACACGCUCUGGCAGUUCCCGCACAUCAUGCAAGAGCUUACGAUCCAUCCGCCUGUGUCAAAGUUCGUGCUGAACGGUGCUGACCUCAUGUUGCCAGGAGUCCUGGUGCCUGCAAAUGGUGUCGCUGGCUUUGGUACAGUGACCAAGGGCCAGCCACGCUGCAUCAAGAUUGACGGGAACCCAUAUCCGAUAGCCGUCGGGAGAAUGCUGGUGAACCAGACCCAGAUGGAAAAGUUAAAGGGCAAAGGCCUGGAGGUGAUGCAUGUGUACAAAGAUGCUCUCUGGGCCCAGUGUGGCAAGGUGAAACCCAACGCUGGUUUCUCGGAUGACGAGGAGGUAGCUCCUUGUGCGGAUAGCAAGUGGAAGCCUGGCGUUGCGAGUGCGGAGGCCAACAGGACAGCGGAGCCCAGUGGCCCCGCUGAAGCGGCGGCGCCAGCAGCAGCGCCCACAGGCACAAAGGCUGCCGACGACUGGUCGCAAGAUGACCUGCUGGAUUUCACUUUUCUCCAAGCCUUCAAGCAAGGCCUUGCAGACGACAAGGCCCUGCCCAUAGAAGCUUCAGAGCUCUACGAGAAGCACAUGAAGCCGGCAAGGCCUGAGGGCACCACCAUAGAUGUCAAAAAGUCGUCUCACAAGCAGAUUGGCAAAUUCCUUAACGCAAUGCGGAAAUCCAAAGCGAUCGACGUGACGGAGAAGAAAGGUGUCAUCCACGUGUCAAAAGUCGACAGGAAGCACAAAGUCUUUGUCGCUCUCGAAGAGAAGUUUGCGGCACAGGUGGCUGCUGCCCCAGUGCCGUCCGCACCUGCUGCGGCUGCGACUCCAGCAGGCUUGGCGCCGCCCAAAGUGACGGCCAUGUGGAAACCUUCACAUUACUUGGAGCCGAUCUGGAAGGCUGUGGGGAAGAAGAAGGAUGAUCUCUACUCUUGGGAUGAGGCGAGAGCAAUAGUCUUCAGCUAUAUAGAGCAGGAGAAUCUCGGCAAAGCGGACGGGCCAAUCAAGAUGAACGAUGGGCUUCUGACUGCCCUGUGGAAAACAGCUGGCGGACAGAAGAAGGACCAGGAGUGGCCUGAGGAGGUGGACGGCGAGCAGGUUGAGGAGAAGUUGGAAGACCGACUGCAGCAGUACACCACCAUUGAUGUAGCUGGUGUUGGCGCGACUACCAGAAAGGGUGCACCGGUGAACAUCGCAAUUAGCUUGUCGAGAAAAGGUGCUCACAACGUCACGAGGAUCUGCAACCUCGAAGCCUAUGGCCUUGAUCCAGAGGCCUUGGGAGACGAGCUCAAGAGAAAGCUCAACUGUACAGUUUAUAUUGAAGACAUGCCCGGAAAGAACGUGAAGGAGAAAAUGUUGCAGCUACAAGGUCACGUCGACCAGGAAUUAGCGCAGUUUUUGGAGCAAAGGUAUGGGAUUACGAAGAAGUUCUUGGAGGUGAAGUGA